AUGAUGAUCAGAUGGGACUAUGCCCAUCCUGCCACACGAGAUACCACACGACGAUCGUUCUGCGAGCAGCAGCGACAGGCUGACUUGCACAUAGAUUGUAUCGCCACCCCCAACCCAGAUGCACUGAAGUUUGACGUGGGUCAUGAUGUAACGGGGAGCCUUCAGUCCUUGUCGAUCAGCCAUGGAGAUCUGCACAUGUUCCAACAAGACCAGCAUCUAGCCCACAUAGCAACCCAGUUGUUUGCCGUCAAAGGAGUGCGCACCCUUCUGUUCGGCCCAGACUUCAUCACGGUUGUCAAAGACCCCGAAACGGAAUGGGCGGAGACGGAAGAGCUGCUGAUGCAGAUCUUGCAGGAGGAGCUCAAUGCGGCCAGACAAGAUUGCCGUCCUCUAGCUAAAAUCUCUCAGGAGAGCAUCAACCAACUGAUAGCGAGCAAGUUUGAUCAGAGCCAAAUCCUGGAGCUCCUUGAGGAGAAGGUGGCGCCGCACGUCAGGGCCGACGGUGGAGAUGUACAGUUUCGGGGCUUCAAGGAUGGAGUUGUGUGGCUGUCGCUGGUUGGAGCCUGUACCUCUUGCUCGUCUUCUACCGUCACAGUCAGAUUCAUGAUCCGCAACCUUCUUAUGCACUACAUGGAUGAAGUACGCUGUCAGACAUGGAGGUUGGCUGGUAACAGAUAUGCAGGUGAAAGACGUAAAGGCGAUAGAGCAAGGUGA